CAUAAACCGACAGGUAGAAGUCAUACUUCGAAUAUGUCUGACGAGCGAGCUGUUGUAAAGAAUGCUGACAUGCCAAAGGAGAUGCUAAAUGAUGCUCUGGACAUGUGCGCACGCGCAACAGAAAAAUAUGGACUCGAAAAAGACAUAGCUGGGUUUUUGAAGAAAGAGAUGGACAGAAAAUAUGGCCCAACGUGGCACUGCGUUCGAGCUGUUGUAAAGAAUGCUGACAUGCCAAAGGAGAUGCUAAAUGAUGCUCUGGACAUGUGCGCACGCGCAACAGAAAAAUAUGGACUCGAAAAAGACAUAGCUGGGUUUUUGAAGAAAGAGAUGGACAGAAAAUAUGGCCCAACGUGGCACUGCGUUGUUGGACAACAUUACGGAAGCUAUGUGACACACGAAGCCAAAUGCUUUGCUUAUUUCUUCCUUGGUCAUUCAGCUGUCCUCCUCUUCAAGUUUGGAUAGAAAGCUAUCCAGUUUCCGGAUUAGUCUCCCGUGUGGUGUUCUGACCACCGUUGUUGGUGGACACGCAGCCACAGCUAUGAUAUAAUCUUGGAGCUUUCUGAGUGAUGUGUGAUUGAUCCUUUGGCUAAUAAAAUGGUGAGUAUUUUGGAUACUAA